UGCCCAACUUCGGACUCUCGCACCCUUUCCCCGGCAAUCAAACCCAGCACAAACGAAAGGUAUUGAAGGGACGUCAGUUAGUUUCCGACGCAAUGGCAACCCCAAAGAGGAUAUCACCGAUAACACUAUACAACAUCCUGACCCGACGUCCGUGCCGAUACUUGUCCGCCACGGCCGCCGCCUCCUCCAGAACCACAUCCAAAUCUGCCUCCUCCGUAACUACUUCCAAAACCGCCUCCUCCAAGCUCCCGUCCAGACCCAAGCCUGUCUCAAACCAAACCUUGCCAGCCCUCUCCUUCCUCCCGCCACCCUCCAACGACCCCAACCAGCGCGCCCUCCCGGCCCCUCGCCCUCCCGACGCCGCCCUCUCCCGCGCGACCGACGUCUUCACGGCGAAACCCCCAACUUUCCUCUACUGCUCCUCGCGCUUCCUCGAGAUCCCCAUAAACACCCACACUCCUGAAAUUUGCCUCCUCGGGCGGUCCAACGCAGGCAAAUCGACGCUGAUCAACGCUUUGGCCGGCGCCGUCUCCAACAAGGCCGGUCAUUUACACCCCCGGCGGGCGCGGGCCAUGGGGCUCGCCAUCACGAGCAAGAUAGCGGGGAGCACGCGGUCCCUGAACGCGUACGGUUUUGGGGUGCCGACCAAGGAGCAGCGGCUUGCGGCGCUGCAGCGGGCGAAGGAGGUCAAGGAGGAGUUGGAACGGGAGUUGGGUGGAAUUGGGACGCGGAGUAAGAGGAGAGCGCUGAGUGAGAAGAAGGAGCCGCCGCCGCAGCAUCGACUUAUUAUGGUGGAUAUGCCUGGGUAUGGGCUGGGCAGUGAGGCGGAGUGGGGGAAGGAGAUCAAGAAGUAUCUCGGGAGGCGGGAGAUGUUGAGGGGUGCGGUGGUGCUGGUGGAUGCCGUGGCUGGGGUCAAGGAUGCGGAUCGGAUGGUGCUGGAGAUUUUGAGGGAUGCGGAGGUCAAGACGACUGUUGUGCUGACCAAGGUGGACAAGCUGGCGAGGGUUACCCAGGCGGGGAAGGCGCAGAGCCGGGUGGAUGAGGUGUGCCUCAACGUGUGGGAGGAGCUGAGGAGAAUAGAAAGGGGGAGUUUGACGUGGCUGGAGGGAAGUGAGAAAGGGUGGGAGAACGAGAUUUGGGCGACGUCGGCCGGGGAUCCGGAUGCGCAUGGGGAGGGGGUUGGCGUGGUUGGGGCAAGGUGGGCCAUCUGCAGGAUGGCUGGCCUAGUUGAGGACGGUAGGGUGUUGAAGCCCUCGCUGCCCGCGCAGACUGUCCAGAAGAUCGUGUCGUUUGAUGAUAUCCAACAGAUGGCUGCUUCUGCGGAACGGAAAGCCAAGCUAAGUCCCGGCAAGGCGUUAUUUUAGGCGCAAGUGGCGUGUAUGAUAGGCGUACGAGGAUUGUGACAGGAAAGACGAUAUAGCUUGAUACCCUAAACAGAGU